AUGUUGAAUUUUCUUUCCUCUUCUUUCAUAAGUAUUGAAUAGCACCUAAAUUAUUGGAAUUUUUUAAGAUCUGAAGCCUAGCCACUCCGAAUUAUACAUUUUGCUAUCAUCUUUACUCGUAAUUUCCUCAUUCAAUAUUAUUAAUAUAUAAUUAUAUUAUUUAAAACUAUUUCAAGUGAAGAUCCAACCAACAAGGAACUAAAUAAUUUCGUUUAAACAUUGUUGAAAUAAAUGUCAGAACGCUUUGAAGAAAUGUAAGGAACAAUAGUUUCAAGAAUUGAUGAUAUGGGAAAGAGAAUUGAUGACAUAGAGAAGAGUGUUACAGAAUUGAUGAAUGAUUUAGGGUUUUCAGAUGAAGAAAAUGAAAAAUAAAGGCGAAUUAAAAUAUUCAUUAAAUAUAUUUUUAUUUUUAUUGAAGUUAUUCCCUCUAUUUCAUCAUGA